AUGCAAACCGAAAUUGAGCCAACUGAAUUACUGGUGAAGAAGAAAACAGAAAAGGCCGUCCUCUUACUGUUGAUCGCGACCACUGAAGGAGCACGAGUUCGUAAUAGUGUCACAUUCUUGUGUUGCAGUAGGGAGAAAGAGGAACCAUUCGAAACGACAUACCUGGUGGCCGAGGAAGUCUAUACUAAAGCCACAGUACCAAAACCGGAAAAGGUAUCGAUUUGGUUGGGUGCAAGUAUUAUGGUCGAAUAUGAGCUCGACAAGGCAAAAGAACUACUGGUGAAAAACCAGGGAAGCGUGCAGAAGGUAUGUUCGCAGAAGCAAUUGUAUUUAGAUGGUUUCGAGGUCAUGGAAUUCGUUAGGAAAUGCGAAAAUAUUAUUCACACCAUUCAUAUUUCAUUUGAAUGCGCAGGUUGCAUGCACAUUAUUCUAUGCAAUGGUUAG